CUCCCGGGCAGCCUGGGCCCAGUUGGUGGCCAUGAGAGGUAGGGGACUGACCCUGUGGGUCUCAGGCUGAGGGCUUUCUGACGGGCCCUCUGCUUUGCAGCUUCAAGAGCUACAAUGGCAGUCAACAAGGACCUGGCCUUGCUGGAGGGAGACCUUCCUGAGCAGGAGAACGUGCUGCAGCGGGUCCUGCAGCUCCCGGUGGUGAGCGGCACCUGCGCGUGCUUCCAGAAAACCUACACCAGCACCAAGGAAGCCCACCCCCUGGUGGCCUCUGUGUGCAAUGCCUACGAGAAGGGUGUGCAGGGCGCCGGCAGCCUGGCGGCCUGGAGCAUGGAGCCAGUGGUGCGCAGGCUGUCCACCCAGUUCACAGCUGCCAACGAGCUGGCCUGCCGAGGCCUGGACCACCUGGAGGAGAAGAUCCCAGCCCUCCAGUACCCUCCUGAAAAGAUCGCCUCUGAGCUGAAGGACACCAUCUCCACCCGCCUUCGCAGCGCCAGGAACAGCAUCAGCGUCCCCAUUGCCAGCACCUCAGACAAGGUCCUGGAGGCCGCUCUGGCCGGCUGUGAGCUCGCUUGGGGGGUGGCCAAAGACACUGCCGAAUAUGCCGCCAACACCCGAGUGGGCCGGCUGGCCUCUGGAGGGGCCGACUUGGCCUUGGGCGGCAUUGAGAAGGUUGCUGAGUUCCUCCUCCCGCCAGCGGAGAAAGAGUCAGCCGCUGCCCCAGGACACCAGCAGGCCCAGGAGCCUCCCAAGGCCAAGGCCAGCCUGGUGAGCAGGGUUGGGGCCCUGGCCAACACCCUCUCUCGGCACGCCUUCCAGACCACAGCCCAGGCGCUGAGGCAGGGCCACGCCCUGGCCAUGUGGAUCCCUGGUGUGGCGCCCCUGAGCAGUCUGGCGCAGUGGGGCGCGUCCGCGGCCAUGCAGGUGGUGUCCCGGCGGCAGAGCGGGGUGCGGGUGUCCCGGCUGCACAGCCUCAUGGGCUCCCAGGAGGAGGACCACGAGGACCAGGCAGACACAGCGGGGGAAGAGACGGAGGAGGAGGAGGAAUCAGAGGCCGAGGAGAACAAGCUUGGCGAGGGAGCAGCCCAGCCCAGUCCGCAAGGCCUCCUGGGCAGUGUGGCACAUGGCCUGCAGAAGGCCCUCCAGGGCACCAUCUCGGCCGUGACCUGGGCCCCUGCAGCCGUGCUGGGCACCGCAGGGAGGGUGCUGCACCUCGUACCAGCCCGCCCUGCCUCCUCCACCAAGGGGAGGGCCAUGUCGCUGUCCGACGCCCUGAAGGGUGUUACUGACAACGUGGUGGACACGGUGGUGCACUACGUGCCGCUCCCCAGGCUGUCGCUGAUGGAGCCCGAGAGCGAAUUCCGGGACAUCGACAACCCGCCGGCCGAGGCCGAGCGCCGGGAGGCGGAGCGCAGGGCCUCAGGGGCGCCGCCCGCCGGCCCGGAGCCCGCGCCGCGCCCCGCGCAGCCCCGCGGCAGCCUCCGCAUUUCCACGUGCGUCCUUACUGCCUUCCACCUGCACAUUCACCCUCCCAUCGCCUGUUGA